CGUACGGGCUGGGUUGGCCUAUUUAAAGUGGUUGCAACUACGACGCAUAACAGUCUUCAGGAGUCGUCCACAGCAAAGAGACACUGAAUUCAAGUCACUCGUUUUACGAAGGUAACCAUGGAAAGCGCUUCGAGGAUGGAUUACACAAGAUUCAUGACUGAUGUGACCAAGAACAGAAAAGCAACACUACUGAGAGAUCUGUUUAACCUGCAACAGCAAGGCAGAGAUGACUGGAUAUACGUGAUAGCUGGUUUACCUAACGAGUCCUUCUUUCCCUUGAAGGAAGGACAGUUCACUAUGGCAGACGGGACGAAAAUAAUCCUAGAUAAAAACACGAUGAAAGAGUGCUUGCAGUAUGGACCAUCAGGCGGAUAUCCUCCGCUGGUGAAGCAGCUGGAAGCAAUGGUGAAGAAGCACCACAAUCCUCCACGGUGGUCCGAGAGAAAACUGAUGACCAUCAACGGCAUCCAAGAUGGCCUCGCUGCGACUGUAACAAUGAUGAUGAACGAAAGAGACUUCGUUCUCUUGGCAAAACCAACUUACAGCACUUAUUUGUCACUCAUUCAACCUUAUUCUCCGAGGAUCCUGGCGAUAGAAACAGAUGAAAACGGACUAAUACCCGGCUCCUUGAAAGGAGCGUUGUCUCGAUGGAAUCCAAAAGAGAUGUCGAAGGCCCACAAGGAUGUGCCCAAGUUCUUGUACAUGAACCCCACGGGAAACAACCCCACAGGCACCGUAUUGUCUGCCGACAGGAGGAGAGAGAUCUACGACAUCUGCUGUCAGUAUAAUCUCAUCAUCAUUGAAGACGACCCCUACUACUUUGAGCAAUAUACUUCGGAGGCGUACCCCCCAACUUUCCUAGAGCUGGACACGGAGUGCCGCGUAAUCCGCCUGGAUUCCUUCUCCAAGACUAUUGGCGGAGGACUAAGGAUAGGCUAUGCAAUUGGACCGAAGUCUUUAAUCGAGAAAUUAAUAUUCUAUCAACAAGUAACCACUCAGCACGUUUCCAGCCUAUCUCAGAUUACCCUCCACCAAAUUCUGAAUGUCUGGGGAGAAGAUGGCUAUGAGCAACACGUGGAGAAGGUCAAGGAAUUUUACUGGAAGAAAAGAGACGAUGUUGUUGCUUGUGCUGAAAAACAUUUAUCGGAGUUGUGCGAAUGGAACGUCCCUGGUGGAGGUCUCUUCAUGUGGAUAAAGGUGAAGAACAUACCCGACGUGUGGGACAUGCUCAUGAAGAGAGCGGCAGCGAAGAAAGUCGUCUUGGUACCUGGAAAUGGCUCCAUGCCAGACAGCAGCAGCCCGUGCCCGUAUGUCAGGGUGGCGUUUUCUCAUACUCCAACGGAAAAGAUAGAAGAGGCUUUCAGAAGAUUUGCAGAACUGAUACGUGAAGAAAUGAGCAUUAACAAGUCUACUAAAGGGUAGUUGCUUGGCAAAGCAUCCGUUCCCUAAAGAGCUGUACCUAGGUACCUACCUACUGCCAUGAAGAGAAAUUGUGGAUUUGGUCUGUAAGAAUGUGUUCACAAUUAAUAUCAAAGAUAAGUUGAUUCUCCUGCAAACUUCCCAAUUCCUAGGCAAGAAUUAUUUAUCUUUGAACUUGGGUUUUUUAGAAGUUACUAAAAAAAAUCAGUAUAUAAAGCUACAGUAAAUAAAUAAUUCUUCAACAAAUAAUCAAGAGCUGAACACACAUACACUCCAGUCAAAUUUUUACCACUUUCAUAGCUGGUGAAAAUCUGACUAAUUCAAAGAUAUUACCAUUCUUAAUAUUUUUUAUUAUCUAAUUCCUUAAAUUAAUCAGGUCUCAUGAAUUAUACACUGAAUAACUUUAAGGAAGUAAUGUUUACGAAAAACACCAAAAUAUGAAAUAUCUUUAUUUCAUGUACAUAAUAUAAAGAAAAUACAAUGACUAUAUUCCCAACCAAUCUGGAGCCUAAAUUAAAUACUGUUAAACCAACCAAGUACUGAGAUUCAAUAAAAAAAAGCUAUGGA